UUUUCCUUUUUUUUAACAGGGCAGAGCAUUUUUGACACAGGCUUUUGUCAUGCAACCUCACUCUCUCAUUUCAAAAGGCCUCUUCUUUCACUUCCUCAUUUGAACAAGGGAGGGGUAGGCUGAGAAAAGCUGUUUUGUUAGGGAACAGAGAAGUAUUCAGUAAGAAGGAGAUUGCUGAAGCCUUGCAGAGAAUUCACAGGCCAUAGAUCAAGGCCGAGCGGCCCACUAGAAAACCAAACCACGAGCAUUGCAGAGUUUGCUCUUGUGCUGGAGGAAUGUCUCUUCCCAGGCAGCUACGAGGAGAGAGUGAUUUUGACCAGCUUCCAGAUGAUGUACCAGUUUCUGCUAAUAUUGCAGAUAUUGAAGAAAAAAGAGGCUUCUCAAGUUACUUUUACAGAAGAAAAGUUUAUGUUGGUGCAAAGAGAGAAAUUGCAGACAGUCGAAUUCCACUGCUUAACAUAUAUAUGAAGAAGCUGCUUAGCCUUCCUUCUUGGCUAUUGUUAGAUGAAGAUGUCCGAUUGUUUUUUUAUCAGUCGGAAUUUGACAGUGUACAGAUACCUCAGGGUCUACGGAGGCUUCGCCCACGCACUCGCCGAGUGAAAAGUAUUUCUCCAAAGGAACCUAGCUUUGACCGAAUGGCAGCCCCAAGGGCUGAGGCACUAUUUGAUUUUAUGGGAGCCAAUGAACUGGAACUGAGCUUCAAGAAAGGAGAUUUGAUCUAUUUGCUCAGCAAGCUCAACAAAGACUGGUUUGAGGGAACUGUUGGAGGCGCCACUGGCAUUUUCCCAUGUGCUUUUGUGACGGUCAUUAAAGACCUUCCACAGGAAGAGGACUCAUUCAACUGGCUGCGCUGCUAUUACCAUGAUGACAACGUCAGCACCAUCAGAGACAUAUCGGUGGAAGAAGAUCUAAGUAGUACCCCAUUAUUCCAAGAUCUAAUGGACCUCAUAAGGAAAGAAUUUGGGUGUGAGGAAAUUGCUCUGAACUACCGUGAUGCUGAGGGUGAUCUGAUUCGCCUGCUGUCUGAUGAGGAUGUUACUCUCAUGGUGAUGCAGGGCAGAAGCUGGCCUUCUGAGAAAAACAUCUUCCCCUGGAAACUGCAUGUGACCCAGCAAGAUGAUUAUAGUGCCUAUAACAUAGCAAGGCCUGUUAUUUUAACACAAACCACAAGAGAACCAUGAUCUUUGUUCUAGGUGCUGCUUCAGCCAGAAGGAACGCAUCUGUUCAGAACAAUAUAGAAUCAAUGUACUCUGAAGGAAACUUAAACUUCUCUACAUUUUUGCUUUGAUUUAAACAAUGCAUUACUUAAACAAACAAAGGUGAGUUGCAUCCCUAAAGACAUACAGACACUAUUUGCAGGAAAGAUUGUACCCAUCCAGUAUGGGUAACAACCACUAUUUCCUUUUGAAAUUGUUAAACAUGCCAUGGUUUAAUUUUAUUGGAUAUCAUUUUUAUUAUCAUGGAAAUUUCUAAACUCAUCUAUUUUUUCAAGCAACCAUCUUAAAAAUACAGGAAAACUAGUCAAAUAGGAAUUUUAAUCACUAUUCAUUUAUAGUAUUGUGAAUAUUGUAAAUAGACAAUGCUUGUGCCAAACAUCUGUAAUUUGCAGCAGAGAUAGGUCAGGUAUGUUCCUGUAUACCUUAACUGAUGGCCUUCUUUAAGGGACAUACAAUACACUAGAGAUACACCACAGAUGUUGUUGUUAUGUUUUUACAUGCUGUCAAACACAGGUCUCUUGAGUCUUAAUCUCUUCAUACAUCACACAGCGAACAGAGAAAGGUCGGAACACAAGCUGGGUAUUUGGAUUAGUAUUGUACCUAAAAUAUUUUCAAAGUCACUCAGUCCAAAAUAUUAUUUGACAUUUCACAGAUUAGUAUUUGAACAUGCUUGUAUCACUCCUUUUUUCACUGUCUGGCAGUGCAUGUGCGCAUGCACACCCAUGGACGCACAUCACUAUUACAAAUUACUGAGUUUAUUCUGCUUCUCGGUGCUGUAUUUAUUUGUUUUGCAACAUGCCGUCAUCCAACAGUUUAAAGCCAAGUUGAUUUGGUUCUCUUGGAUAAAAAUAUGCUAGCAGACAUAA